AUGAGCCGCUGUCGCUACUGCUGCUGCUGCCAUCUUUUCCACAAGAGCGCUGAAACAAAAGCGGUGAAAUUCAGCGCGAAUCCUUUCCUUGAGCCUUCGCAAGGACCUCCGCUCCCGUCUUGUAGCUCCAGGAAAGGAAAGGAAAUCCCUAACCGGGCCUUUUGCGGGCCAGCAGCAUGUACCCCGUGUAGCCGGUGGACAGAGGCCAGCCAAAAGGGAGUGGAUUUCGGAUUGGUACGGGGUAUUGAUGGAGAAGGAUGUGGCACCCACCAAACCACCGCCCAACCGCCCACCGCCGACUGCCAAUGCGGCAUCCUAACGACGGCGCACAACUUACAAUCACAGAUUCGAUCCAAGUCACAUGGCGUUGCCCACAGCGAGGAUAAAUGCGGCGGACGGACAGACGACGUCGCUAAGAAGGGACGAAGGACGAGGAGGAACAGGACAUCGGGGAAGGACAUCGGAACCCAGGACUCGCAACUCGAGUGAUGUGACGGGGGUCGCGAGUCCAGACAGAUGCGGACACUGA